GACAAUCCCUUGUGAAAAUUUAAACAUUCUUGAAGCCACUGAAGACUUAACACAACCUAUAGCACAAGUGGAAUUAAGAGAACUAAGAAAGAGUCAAAGAGAAGAUAUCCUCAUAGAUAGAUGGAGACGUGCCUACUUAGAUCAAAGAAUUCCAAAAACCUUAUCCAAAGAAGACAUAAUCAUGAAAAGAUAUUUUAAGAAUUUUACAAUGAAAAGAGGUGUACUAUACAGGAAAACAAUUGAUGGAGAUACAGAAAGAGAACAGCUUGUUAUACCAGAAAAGUACAGAAAAGAAAUACUUCAAGGUCUUCAUACAGAUGUUGGUCAUCCUGGCAGAGAUAGAACUCUUAGACUUCUUCGAGAAAGAUAUUUUUGGCCAGGCAUGUUCACAGAUACGGAAGAAUAUAUCAGCAAAUGUGAGAGAUGUAUAUGGAGGAAAAGUAAGACAAAUGACAGAGCACCAUUAGUAAAUGUGACGACAACUUAUCCUCUUGAAUUAGUGUGCAUGGACUUUUUAACUCUGGAAGAAUCAAAAGGAGGAAUAUCAAACAUCUUAGUAAUAACAGAUCACUUCACCAAAUAUGCCUUAGCCAUUCCAACUCGUAACCAGACAGCAAAAACAACAGCUGAAACUUUAUUCAACCAUUUCAUCGUCCAUUAUGGUAUUCCGACCAGAUUACACUCAGACCAAGGAGCAAAUUUUGAGUCAGAUAUUAUUCAAGAACUCUGUCAUCUACUAAACACAAAGAAAAGUCGCACCACCAUAUAUCAUCCUAUGGGAAAUUCCACGCCUGAGCGAUUUAAUAGAUCACUACUCAACAUGCUAGGAACACUCAAUGCAUCUCAGAAGCAGGACUGGAAGAAAUAUGUACCAUCACUAGUAUACGCAUACAAUAGUACACCACAUGAGUCUACAAACGUUUCACCAUUUGAACUCAUGUUUGGUAGAAAACCUAAGCUUCCAAUAGACUCUAUGUUUGAACAAGUGACAGAAGAAGAAGAAACAACAAAAAGUGUAAACGAAUACAUAGAAGAUUUAAAGACAAGAAUGGCAUCAACAAGAGAAAUAGUAAAAGAAUUCAAUGACAAAGCUAGAGCUAAACAAAAAGAACAGUACGACAUCAAAGCUAAAGCAGCAAGAAUCAACAUUGGCGACACAGUCUUAGUUAAAAUUUUAAGAUAUGAAGGGAAGCAUAAAAUAGCUGACAAAUUUGAAGAAGAAGUCUAUGAAGUUAUUGACCAACCAAUACCAGAUGUCCCUGUAUUCAAGUUACGAUCAGUAAAGUCCAAGAAGGAAAAAACUCUGCACAGAAAUCAUUUACAUCCUGUUAAUUAUAGGAAAAUAACAGAUGAUGCUGACACAGAGGAAUACACACAAGAGAAAGAAGAUCAUAGAGAGCAAUACAUACAAGAGAAAGGAGACAAAAAUAGAGUUAUAAGAGAAAAGAAAGAGAGAAAAGAGAAAGCCGACGUCGGAAAUGAUUCGGAGAAUGAAGCAGAGGAAGAAGAAUUUGUAUUACAUACAAAUGAUAGUGGGGACGCCCAUUUUCCUACUGUAAAGCAUGUCUCUGGAGCAAGUGGAGCAAGUGGAGAAAGUGAAACAAGUGGAGCAAGUGGAACAAGUGGAAACAGUGAAGGAAGUAAUAGUAUUGAAUCAAGCGGAAAUAGUGUUCAUAAUGAGAACAGUGAACAAAUUGAAAUAAUAAAUCAAGAUGAAAUUCAUGAACAUGUUCAACCGGAGUCAGAUAUAAAUGAUGACGAAACAGUUAUUAUUGAUGACGACAUAGAAAUGAAUGAGGAAGAUAUUGCUCAUGAGCUUGGACAGGAAGAAGACAUCGCUAUGACAGAUUCAGUGAAUACAAAUAUGGAUACAGGAACAAACAUUGUGGAGACAGAUAAAGCAGAAGGGAUAGAGAAAACAAUAGAGGAGAUGUAUAUAACAACGGAAGACACAGAUAUUACAACAGAAGAGACACAUAUAACAAACACAGAAGAGACACAUGUAACAAACACAGGAGAGACACAUAUAGUAGACACAGGAGAGACACAUGUAGUAGACACAGGAGAGACACAUAUAGUAGACACAGGAGAGACACAUAUAACAACAGACGAGACAGAUGUAACAACAGACGAGACAGAUUUAGUCACAGUACAGACAAAUCAAAAUAAAGGUGCAGAAUGUACACCAGAGGUACCUGCAGCACCUAAACCAGCACCAAGAAGGUCUACUAGAGAUAAGAAGCCUCCAUCAAAAUAUGAAGACUACUACAUGAAUGCUGUGGUACCAAGACCAUAUGAUUCUAAAAUACAAGCUGUGGAUGUUUUGAUGAAAUCCGGUAUUUUAAAUCAAGUGGACACAGCCGUUGCUCAUAAACUACUAGAAGCCAUCAUGAAAUGAUUUGAAUUGAAUUGUUGUAUUACUUCAUUGUAUUGAAAUGUUAUAACAUUUAAUUCUGAUUUUAUGUAUUUUAAAAUGAAAACCAUUGUUUUAAUGUAUAUAAUGUCUUCAUUAUAAAAAAGAGGGGAGGAGAGAUAUAUAAUAGUUAAACAUGAAGCAUGAUUAACUAUAAUAUAAAUAAAUAUACAAACAAAUAAACUUAAAAAGUAUUGAAUGUCACUUAAUAUCUGAUUAUUUCAGAUAUUAAAUGCUAUAUAAUGUUAUGUCAACAAGUUAACAUUAAUGUAAUGAAUGUCACUUAAUAUCUGAUUAUUUUAGAUAUUAAAUGCUUAUGACAAUAAUGUUAUAAUGUAUAUGUAACUAUACAUUUGUAAAAUAGAAAGGUAAUUGUAAUGUAACAAUUAUUGUGUAACACACUGACAGAUAUUUUCGAGAUAAAAACUUUCUUUGUAUGUUUAUAAUUGUUUGUAAAUUUAAAAGAAAGACCAGACUGAAGACUGAAGACAUUUAUGACCAAUGACGGGACGUCAUUUUUUCAGACCAGGGAAGUAUGUAACAGGGUCUUAUUUUUAGGAUCAGGUCUAAGGGACAAUACUCUUGCUUUACUGUUGGAUUUUAUAAUGUAGCAAAGGGAGACAAAUCCGCCGGUCUUGUCUGAUACUUUUCAAGGGAGAUUACUCUAUUGGUUUUAACUGAUUUUAUCUUGUGUUUACAUUGGUCAGUAUUCUAAGAAUUCAAAUGAUUGGUUCACGGAUCGUUGGUUUUAAGUUAUUUUUAUGUCAUGUGAUUUCUUGGUGGGAAAAGUCAUUGUGUCUUUGUUAUGUUGUAAAGGAAAGGUUAGAAAAAUAAGUGUUUGUGGUCAAGUUCUUUAUUUCCUAAGUUGGUAUGUAUUUAUCCUGACUGCUGCUAAAUGCUUAUUGUAAAUAUGUAGAAUUGCAUUAUUGUGAUUCUGUUGUAUUUUGGAUCAGUCCAUUGAUUGUGAAAUUUGUAAAUAAGUAUGAGUUUCAGAAUGACAUGUAUCUAUCAAAUCACCUUUCAUCUUUUAUUCACUAUUAAUAUUUAACCUUGCAGUUAACAGUCACUGGUGUGAUAGUCAGAGAGGUAAUAAUAAGAUUGAUGUACUACACUCAUCCCUCAGAUGAGUGUUGUUGGUUUGUACCUACAGAAUCUACUUGAUUGGAUCUGUAUAUAAACAAGAUAGAACUUUACAGCUGUUUGUUGAUUUGAUUUUAAUAAUCCCGAACUCAUUUGACCCUUAGGGGCUCGGAUAGUUAUAUUUAUACUGCGCCGAACCACCCCUAUU